AUGCAGGGGGAGUGGGCAGCGCGCCUGACGAAUCCACAUGUGGUCACUGAUUCAGGUCCCUUGUUGGCUCCGCUGCCCAUUGAAGUACAAGGCACGACAUUGCAAGACGCCAUUGAUAGAUGGUCCAUGCAGCACUCCAUUCAUGCUCUGACACGGCAUAGUGGGAUUGUGCUGCUCCAGCUGAAGCGUUACUACUUUCAUGCAGGCUCUGCUGUCAAAAAUCGUGAGCCUGUAAUGAUUGAGCCGGGCCGACUUGUGACCCUACCUGUUUUCCGCUAUGACAGCGGGACUGAAAUCGAGCAGCAGCAGUUUCGGGUGAUCUGUGUCAUUUUCCAUCUAGGGGAUAGUGUUUCGAGUGGUCACUACCAGACUGCAUUGAGCUACUGUGCACAAUCAGUGUCGCUGGGCGCUGCUGCUGACGUGUCUUGUGCUCCAUGGGAGUACCGAAUUUGCGAUGAUAGACGGAGACCCAGAAGGGCCAAGGCGGCUGAUAAUCAGUGCAUCAAUCACAAUGCUUACCUUAUAGGUCACUGGCCUGCUUGCUCGCAGCUAUAUCUGCUCUGUGCCCUUGGGCUGUGCGAUUUCCCUGUUACCACUGGUGCUGCCCUGUCGGGGCCUUGCAGUGUCGGUGCAAAUUCCUGGAUGCUGCUUUGGGCGGUUGUAGUGUCUGCCUCACCUCAUUGGUUGUCUGCAGUGACUGGCCCAAGCACAGGCAUGGCGUUUGCAGUGCAACUUCCCAAGUGCAUAUAUGUGGAGAUGCUAGAAGAAUGGCUUCUGCUGCAGGCGUACUCCGGUCUCUGGCGGGAGAGGGGACAUGGCUCCUUGCCACCCGCGCUCUCCAUGGCAGUGCGUAAUGACAUCAUUCAUGCUGCCGUCAGUGCGCUGGAGCCAGAGCUUUGUGCUGCCUUCCUGGACUAUGCUGAGAGGCUGCAAAGUGAGCUACCGCGGUAUACCGAAACCUCAUUUCCGCAGCCAUGCACGCUGCCCUCCCAGCCGUCUUCAGCGGAAUGCCUUGCACAUGCGUUGCUGGGGCAAGGACAUGGCUCUCUCUGGACUGGUGCCAGGCAGGUUGCGGCUGAGCUCUCGUACCAAACUGUUCACCGGGCCAUUGGCACUCACCUUUCCUUCAGUGUCGGAGCCUAUGGACAUCGUAGCUUCGUUGGACUGUUGAAACAGACGGGGAAACAUCAAUCUGUCUGUCGACUGCUGAAUGCUCUGGUCACGCAGAUCUAUCCGGCUCAUGUUUGGACCACCGUCACGGUGAAUGUGGAUCUGCAGGCGCCGACGCACAUUGAUGUGGCAAAUGCUCCAUAUGCCAGCCUGUUGUUGGGGCUGUCACACUUUGAUGAUGGUGAACUCUGGGCUGAGCAUGAGUCAGGUGCGGUCUACCAUGAGCAUGGUGGUCGACUUGUACCAGGAUGUGUGCAUCAAGUCAGUGGUGCAGCCCUGCUGUUGAACGCGCAUAACACCACUCAUGCGGUUCAGCCUGGUGCCAAUGGCAAUCGCUUCACGCUGGUGGCGCACACCAUCGGGCAGCAUCUUCACCUGUCUGAGCAGGAUAGACAAACGCUAUGGGAUCUGGGUUUUGGCAUUCCUGGAGCCUUUAGGGUAUUGGCUGCCCGCUGGGGAGGGCACCUUGGUCGGCUAGGUCCACUUGUGGCGAAGAACGAGACGAGUCGGGUGGGUCCCCGGCUCUUCUGCUGGCUGCUUAGGCAGGACAAUGACGAGGCUGCAUUCACGAAGAUGUCAGCGAAUGCAGCGCAACUACUGGCGUGGCCGGCAAUUGACCAGUCAAGCGGACGCAGAUGCAACCGUCAGCAGGCUCAACUGCACCUUCACCCGUGGAUGGAACACAUGCCUACGAUGGGUACUGCUGGCAAUGCUGCUGCAAGUGCUGGAAUGAUGUCUGCGGGCUCCAAUGGUCUCACAUUGGACAAUGAGAGGCCAUCUGCUUCAGGUUCUGGUCCUGCUCAGGUGAUUGUCAUUUCAGAUUCUGAGCAGUCGGAAGCGUCCAGCGAUGCACCUUUGGCACCGGCGGAGAUGUCUGAUACUACACAGAUACUGGGAAGGUCGACGGAGGAUGCAUCCACUCACCAGGCAGCAUCAGAGGGAGUCAGUGCUGAUGAUUUUCAUAUCCCGGAUUCCACGGAGCAUUUGUUAUGCCUCUCAGAGAUGGAUUGA